CCUCUCGGAGUAGCGGAGUAGUGUGAUCUGUCGAAGUGCUUGGGCCCAAGCAGACCUUCUACUUCGAGGGAAGGAAACACGGCCGACAAACAUGCAAAAUGAAUACAACAUGUGCAUGACCAUUCUGCUGCUGAUCGUAGGAUUUGUCCGAGCUGAGCACUUGUUAUUCUCAGAUUGCGGAGUUCGCACAUCUCGUCGACAACCUCGAAGCAGCAGCAGCAGCAAUCUGGAGAACGACAACGAAUGGAGCAGCUUUUACAAUAGAUCUUCGACAGUUUCCUCAGAACAGCAACAAUCCGAUAUGGACAACGAUUCGGAUGAUGCAAACCGCAAUCCAAAGAUUAUGCACGGAGUUCCUACGCUGGAAGGACAGUAUCCCUGGCAGGUCUCGCUAGAGCUGAUGCAUCCCUCGUAUGGAUUCAUCGGUCACUGGUGUGGAGGGGUUCUCAUCGACCACAAUUGGGUCCUUUCGGCGGCGCAUUGUAUUCACAAUGACCUAUUCAAUUUGCCACUACCACCGCUUUGGACUGUAGUACUGGGCGAGUACGAUAGGUCGCAGGAAUCUGGAUAUGAGCAGCGGAUUUCCGUUGACAAGAUUAUCCUACACGACAAGUAUCACAAUUUCAAGCAUGACCUUGUGCUCAUGAAGUUGAACAAACCGGCAAACAUUGCACCAAAUUCACGAGUUAAGAAAAUCUGUCUGCCAUUCGCCGACAUCAAAGUCAAUACCUUAGUCAACGAUCCCCGGCCAGAACUAGACCGCUCAAAGUCGAAACCAAGCGCUGGGCCAUUAUUUUUCUAUGACUAUCUAGGCCGCCCACCGGAUAAGGGUAGCGGAAGUUCUACAAUGGAAGGUGAUGGUAACAUAAACGUUGAUGGUGAAAUGGAAUCCAGCUUCCCUGAGCCACUCCCCGAGCGGGAAGACAAUUACCUUCGGCGGUUACGACUCCUAGGGGAGCUACCCCGUCGACCUCGAACGGCACGAAUCGUGGUGAGCACUCUGAUACGAGAACACCUGCUGAACAGGGGAAAUUCUACCAGGCCCAGGAGUAUACCAAAAUCAAACCGAAGGGGGCGUCGGCUAUACCAGACGACCGAUUUCAAUGAUGACAAUGGAAAUGACGACGAAUACGAUGACGAUGAGCUGCGUCGAGGGACGCGUCACGGUGGAAAACGGCGACGAAACGAUAAAUUUGCCCAUGGGGCCUUCUAUCGGAAUGACAACUACCGAAACGAGUACGGUGGAGAGCAGGACAAUAGAGCAGGGAUCAGUGCCAUGCCCGAUACGUCCCAGUAUGUGGACUGCCUGGCAACAGGUUGGGGCAAAUCGACUAUCGAUGAUGAAUUAACUGACAUCCUGCUGCAGACUAAGGCCCCCAUCCAGAGCAGUAAAAAAUGCGAAGAAGCGUACGGAGAUUUCAUCAAACUGCAUCGAGGCCAUCUUUGCGCGGGAAACGUCGAUGGGACUGGUGGCACUUGCGUGGGCGACUCUGGUGGCCCGUUGCAGUGCCGCAUCACCAAACAUGGACCGUGGAUACUGGUUGGGAUCACUUCAUUCGGAUCCGGUUGUGCCUUCAAGAACUACCCGGACGUGUACACCAAGAUCGCAUUCUAUCGUCAGUGGAUAAUGGACACGAUAUCAAACAACUAACUGGAAAUGAAGAGACGUGGCGUUUCCUGUUGAAUUAGAAGUUACUAUAGCUGUUACCACCUGCUUUGGAAAACCAAAUAUUGUGAUAUUAAUAUUUAGUCGUAAGGGCAAAUCGCACUGGGAAAAUGUCAA